ACUAGCAAAAGACUUAUUUGGAAGUGUUCGGAUGUUUACAUUGAAUCAAUUAUACUGGAAUUGUUAUGGAAUUAUGAUAAUUAUGUUGUAGAAAAAAAAAUGACUCACGUGCAAUUAAGUUGACUCAUUAAUUCAUUUUUUGUUGUUUUAUAGCAUGCAUAAAGUUGUGCUUAAUUUUAAGCCAGAGUUUUUCUUAUCAAGUUAGUGGGUUUUUUAUGCACAAAACUGUCAGAAGUAAACAAAAAUUCAGAAUUCUGGCACCAGUCUCCUAGUUUAGAUUGCAAAGAUAAUGUGAUGUAAUCAUGAAGAACUGAACUGUGCAGAUAAGAUGUUUGACUUCACAAGAUACACAAUUUUGAAAUUUGAAGUAUUCAAUCAAGUAUGCAAGGAAUGAAUACCAGAGACUGAAGACUGCGAAAUGCUGAGUAUACAUUUUGGCAGUGAGGUUUACUCCAGUCAACAUGGUGAUGAUCUGCCUUUGGUGGAGUUAGCUCCCUUGAGUGAUGAAAUAUUUGCUAGUUACUCGGGACCAGAUGAUGGGCUGGCCUUUGGACUGGACAACAGAGCAAAAAAUAGUGAUGGUGAGAUAGCAGGGUCACAAAGAUGGAAUAUGAAAGCCCAAAAGGCUUAUGGCAUAUGUAUAUCCCUGUAUGAGCAGCAUCCUGUUAGUGGCAAAAUGUCAGGUGAUCCAGUAGCAGAUGCAUUUGCUAUAUGUGCCAGGGGCAAUAACUGUAUAAUGUUGAUAGCUGACGGUGUAAACUGGGGCGAGAAAUCCCGCCUGGCAGCAAGGUGUGCCCUGUAUGGCAGUAUGGAGUAUAUCAACCAUAGAAUCUUCAACCUUCGCCGGCAUCCAACAUCUACACAUGAUGUAUUUUUGAUUUUGCGGAAAUCCUUUGACAAAGCACAUUUAGAGAUUAUGGAGAGGGAAGGUGGACUGACCACAUUGUGUGCAUGUAUGAUAUGUCCAGUGAAGAAGUCCGGCCAAUUUGCUGUCUGUACUCUCAAUGUAGGAGACAGCUAUGGGUAUAUCUUCAGUCAUAAUCAAGGUAUCCGGGAGGUGACUCAGGGUUCACACGAUGUUUCACUAGUCAGGGACAUUCGGGACGCUGGAGGAGCCAUAGGACCUGUAGACGGAAAAAAUCCCGAACUUCAUAAUCUCACAUAUGGACUAAGUUUCGGAAAUCAGGGAGAUAUUGUGUUUCUUACCACAGAUGGUAUAUCUGACAACUAUGAUCCGGUUGUGACUAAAAUUGCAGUGGCAAGAGUUGAUCAUAUAAAAUCGAAAAGUGAAAAAGAAAGUGAGAAUUCCGAUGAUGAUAUAGCUACCUCAUCUGCUUCUUGCAUAAAUGGGAAACCAGAAAUGGAACCGAAAGAACGUCAUAUUUAUGCAAUGAAGGAAAUGGAAAGAAUUGUGUAUGAACACGAACUUGUUACAGAGGAGCAAACGUCUGCUCAGGAUUUGUGUAGUGCACUUGUCCAGCAUGUUCUUCUCUUGACUGAUCAAAAACGUAAAGUGCUAGAAAAUCCUGACCUCUACAAGCGCAAAAGAUUGUCACAAAAAGACAAACAAAGACGAGAUUCUGAAAUAGUGUCCAAAAUGUCUGAGGCUCCGGGAAAGCUUGACCACGCAUCUAUUGUGUCAUACGAAAUUGGGCAGUGGAAACCGGAUGAAGACGAAAUGGAUUGCAUACCAUUAGAAGGUCAACAAACCUCUGGAUCAGAUACCAGCUCGCACCAUAGCUCACAUAUAGAUAGCCCCCAUGUAAAAAGCCCCACAUCUCCCUCAUCCCAUAGCCAUGUCACAUCCCCUAGUACUAGUUCCAAGAAAAUUAGACCAAAAAAAUUAUUUAACAAAUUACGCAAUAAUCUAAGCAUGGGUUCGUCACCAAAUUCACCAAGUACGGAACAGUGUCCAGGAGGUUCACAGAUCAUUACAGCCAAAAGGUUUUCAUUCAAAAGGUCAAGGACCAAGUCUGAGCCUGCAGCUGUUACCCCCACUAGUCCUGUGCAGCCAAGUGACUUCAGAUCUCCACCAUUUGAGGAUUUUAGAUAUGCUAGAUCUCCAAUUAGUCCUACCCCUAUGAGCCCAGGAACCCCGACAGGUGGGCUUCCAUUACCUGCCCAAUAUCCCUACAGGAAAUCCAUAGCAUUUGAAUCAGCUGUUUAACAUUUGUAUUUAUUACAUUGUUACAUUACUUAGAUUUGAAAGUUGAACUUAUUUCUAGUAAGAAGUGAGUCGGGAUUGUCUUCCCAAAUUAGUAAAGUCUUCACGAUAUAACGUGUUUGAAACUUAAGGCAUUACCCUAUUGUUGUUAUGACAUUUUUAACUUAGAUGUUGAAGGUUGUAGUAAUUUAUACAGAUAUCUUAAAUUAUUUAUUUUGUGUUCAUUUGAAAGUCAGUUUGAAAGAUAUUGAAACUAGUUAGAAGUUAUUGAGUUAAGGUCAGUUGUUCUAUAUCAAUAGAUAUGCAGACAAAAUGUGUUGACAAGAAAAUGGCCAUUUUGAUUUUGUUUAAAAUUUACAUAGCUGCAUGAAAUAUUCAAUGAGGCUUUGACUUAUACUUGUAGUUUGAUGUGACUGGUAGAAUUAGGAGUCACCAUUCUUUUCUGUUUAUGAUAUACCGGCAAUUCCAGAAAAACCAAUAAUUUUGUAAGAAAUUCACAGGUUAUCUUCGUUAAUUAAAUAUAUCGGCAAGCAUUUCUCGGGCAGUAAUUAUAAAAUUUAUAUAUGUAAUAAAAGUCAGAUAGUUAUUUUUCAAUAUAACUUUCCAUAAUAUUUAACUAUUUAUUAAAUAUAUUAUUAAUGUUUAUUUAUCAUUUAAAGUAAAAAGUGCAAGAAAAUUCUCACUGCCGAGAUAAACGAGGUAUUGCAAACAUGAAAUUGCAGAACGAUUGAUUAACUAAGAUUUAUCAUGAACUUUGUAACACAGUUGCACUAGCCACUAAUCUUUAUUAAGCAGCCAGUCAGUUAACUUCCCACAUUGACAUUUUGUUCUUAUUUCCACCUGCUUUAAGGUAGUUCUGCACGUUAGGAUCGAAAUUUUUUCUACAAUGUAGAAUUUGAUUAAACUAUGAUUUUUCAAAACUUAGGAAUUUACUAAGAAAAUUCAGCAAAUAAAAAAGAUAGGGUCGUGUGCUUGAUUUUUUGCUAGACUGAUCUGAAAAAUUUCGACCUCACGCAAGUUUUCAUACUGGGAGUCUAUGGGAAAAUUGCAACUUUCAUAACAUUUUCACGAAUAGAAAUUUUUCUACAAUGCAGAUUUUAAUGAAAUUUCUCACAGUUGUAAAUAAAUAUAUGGCCUAUAAUAUGGUGAAAUAAAAUGUAUAGGUCCUUGUGCUUAUUUUUGAGAUAUUUGGCUAUGAUUAAAGUGAACUGCCUAUUUCAAGCUAAUUUUAAGACAUUAUUUUGAAUUAUUUAAAGUGUCAGAUGUUUUAAUAUCAUAUUUUAACUUUAUAAAGAUAGUAACAGUGUCAUUUUAAUAAAUUUACUCACUGGUUGCCAUUAAUUCAUAAAAUGAUUUUUGUUUCCAUACGCCGAAUCCAGGCAUUAUUCUACAUUUUCCGGAUAAAUGACAUUACGCCAUGACUUUCGGUUUAUCAGACAUGCAGAACUACCUUAAGCAGCCAUAUUGUGUCAUAUUGUGGCUGGCUGCCUUAAUAUAUGUUCAACUGUGCUGAAAAAAUGUGACGUGGCAAGUUGUGAAAAAAUACCUGAUAAAGUUUGUAUGACUUACUAGUGCAAUUUAUUGGAUUACCUCUUAUGAUUGAAACUUUACUUCAAAAUUUGUGGGUUUUUUUUCAAUGAAUGUUAUUAAAAGUUUUAUUAAAAAAGAUAUGUAAUUUGAUAAUAUUGUUGUAGGCUCUACAAAACCUGUUUUUAUUCUGUUAAGUUACUUUAGAUAAAAGUAAACAUGUGGUAAUUUUGGUAAUUUUAUAGCAAUCACUUGAUGAUUGGUUAUUUUGGAUGUUAUGUGUUACUUUCUUCCAAAAUGUAAGAUGCAUGAAUACUUUGACCUAAAUGAAAUAGAUGUUAUAAUGUUGUAAUGUUUUAUGUGAGUUACACUCAGAACAUUGAAAAUUUCUUGUUGAACAGUUGAACUUCUAAUUUUCAAAUCCUUGUUUCACAAUACAUAAUAACCAUACAUGUUGCUACGUUUGAAAGGUGCUGUUUGAUGAAACAUUUCUUCCAAGUGUUUAGCUAAAUCAAAAAAGAAGUGUGAUAAAAAUUGCCAACAAAACCAAAUAGUGUUGUUAUUGAGGUAUUUUUGCUUGUUUGAAACAUUAUUGAAAUGAAACUCAAAAUAUUUAAGAAAUAAUUUUUAUAUAAAUGUUGCUUGUUUCUCACUUAAAAUAUCAUAUGAAAAUUUAUUAUAAAGAUCACAAAGACAAAAUACAUUUCAGAGAUUAUUUAAAUUUUACCCCCACAUUAUUAAUGGAUUCACUUCAGAUGUUUAUGCUAUAACCAUUACAUUUUGUAAACCUCUGCAACACUGCUCAUAGUAUGUGUAAAGCAUCUGAUUUUGAUUGUUUGAACUGUAACUAUCACAGUAAUGUUGUAUGUAAAACGUGACCAAGUAUUGAUAUAUUAUAAACAAGCACCUGUUUACCUGUUAAUUUCAACACUAUGUAUUUUCAUAAUAAAGAAAAUGAUAUUUCAUUUCUGCAUGUUCAAGAAUAUAUUACUCAAACAUACUAUACUAUAAACGUAGGUUUACUUUGUGGAUGAAAUAUAGUAACUAUUGUAUACCAAUAUAUUUUUGUUGCUAAGAAUAUCCAAUUGAACACUGGAACAUAUAUAAUGGCACAAACAUUACAUUAAUUUCAUUUUGACCAAGAAAAUCACUUACUUUGAAAAAUCAUUGAAUUUUAUAAAGAUAUAACACACUGGUGUGCCAUGCUACGGUAAUUACUAAAUGCGAAAUACUUUAUGCUAAAUGCUUUUUUGCCAAAUGCUUAAUGUCAAAUAUCAAGUGUCAAAUUGAUAUUGUUUAAAUGAUAAAUGCUAAUUGUGAGGUAUGGAAUCAUAAGUGCCAAAUGCUUAUUGGUGUAUAAUCAAGCACUUAUUUGAAUACAAAGCUGCACAUAUUAGUGGCUGCAUGCAUCCUUUAAAUAGUUGUUUUGGUUUUCUUAACAUUUUAGAGUAAAGAGUUUCAUGUUUCGCAUGACUGUUAGAACAUCAUGAAAUAAGACUGGUAUCUGUGUGUUGGGGUGAAGUUCGUUUUUCAACAAUUUUUCAAUCCUGUUAAGGAUGGUGUCUGCUUGUAGCAGUGAGCACAAUGCCCAACUUCAUUGUGCUGCCUCACUGGAAUAUCACAUUGAAGACAUGUGUUGUGAUACCCCACCCAGUCACAUUAUAAUGACCCUGGGUUGACCAGUCCUAGAACACUAUCCUUUUAGUGAGGAAGCCACUAGAAGCAUUUUAGACAUCUUUGGUACGACACAGUCAGGGAGUGAACACACAACCUCUGGCACUCAAAGUGGAUGCUCUUCCAUUAGGCUACAGAGGUGGUAAAAUAAGACUGAUACAAAACUGUUUUCAAAAUACAGUGUUUCAUUCAAUAGUGUAAGAAAAUAGAUCUUUACCUUAUAAAGUUAAAGAAUUUGACAAUUAGGAAUUUAUCAUUUGGCAGUUUGCAUUAAGUAUUGACAUUAAACAUUUUGUGGGGCCUCCAUGGCCAAGUGGUUAAGGUCGAUGACUGCAAAUCAGUUGCCCCUCACGGAUGCGGGUUCGAGCCUCACUCAGGGCAUUGAACUUUUCAUGUGAGGAAGCCAUCCAGCUGGUUUACAGAAGGUCGGUGGUUCUACCCAGAUGCCUGCCCUUAAUGAAACAAUACACAGAGGGGCACUUGGGGUCUUCCUCCACCAUCAAAGCUGGAAGGUCGCCAUAUGACUUACAAUUGUGUUGAUGCAACGUUAAACCAAACCAAAAAAAAAGAAAAUAAACAUUAGAGAUUUAGCAUUAGGUAUUUCACAUAUUACAUUUGGCAUGAAGCAUUUAGUGCUAAAUAUUUGGCAUUUAUCAAUUAGCUUGGUAAGCCUGCUUUCCAGACACAUUGCAUUUUUAAAACAGCCAUUACAAUACAGUUUAUUAAACAUGGUGCUUAAUAACAUGAUGUGGCAUUAAUACACGAGUUCUUGUAGAGAUUUCUGUCAUUUUUAAUAAAACUUCCUUACUUUCAGUCAUGGCUAUAAGACAAAAUAGAUCUGAGAUUUGCCAAGUGCUGUUUGUGAAGUAGUUAUUGUCAGGAUAAUGUUAGUUAAGGUGGUGGACCCAUGCUGGUAUUUAGCAAUUUCCAUGCAGUUUAGUAUUCUCAAUUUUUACUAGUAUUUCGGCAUUCUGCGGUCACAAAUAUAGCUAAUAUGAUCAGUUGUUUUUGCGACAAGUGAUUCUGCCUUUGCGACCAGUGCAGACCAAGAUAAGAUGUCCAUCCAGGCUGAUAUCAGUCUGUACUAUUCGCUAUUCCCUCUGUAAAUUUUCAGCGAACACUCCUUCGGAUAAUAAAUGGUACUGCAAGUCUUUAGCCUAUUAUUUUAGUAAAUUAGUCAAAUAUGUAGUUAGCAAUAUAACCAAUCAACAGUUCUACAUGAAACUGUAAUUUUAUAAUAGCCCAUAUAGUUGUAGUGUACAAAGUCUGAUUUGUAUAUAUGGAUGAAAAAAUUGUUUUAUUUAUAAAUACUCUACCUGAAAAAGUCUGGAUACACUGGAUUUAAAACACUUUCUUGAUGUCAAAUAUUGCUGUAAAUUGUUUUUGUAGUCAUUGACAAUAAUUACACACAUAUGUGCAAGUUUUUUAUGUUAUACAGGGUAUUAUUCAUAUAAAAAGUUAAACAAUGUGUAUCCAGACUUUUUUUAAGGAAUUUGAUCAUGAAUAGCAUUUCAUCAAUAUAUCAGUAUUAGAAAUCAGUUGAUAAGUUUGGUUAUUGCAUAGUGCAGUAAGUUUUAAACAACAUACAUGUUAGAUCAUUUGCGAAAAACUCAAUAUUUAAAGAUAUUUCAUGGCCAUCUUUUACUAAAAUAUUUUAUCUGUAGAUAUUUACUUCAAAUGUAGAAAAUCCUCAUCAAAUGCAUUUAACUUUACUAAAAAUAGAAAUUAAUUGUGUGUUAAGAGCUACAUUCAUAAUUAAAUGGCUUGCAGUAACAGUAGAUUGUUAAAAAAACUUCCAGUUUUUUUAGUGGCUGUACACAUUUAUACUUUGUUAGCUGUAUAUGUAUACAGUGUGAACUGUUUCCAACCUAAUGCAUAGUACUGUUAAUACACAUAUUAAACUUUUUAAUUUUAUGUUUACAUAUGAUGUAAGUGUUCAUGUUUUCAGAAAAAGAAAUUUGGGUCUAAUAUACCUUUAACACUUAGCCUGCUGGCGGCGAUUGGUUUUGCCUUUGCGACCAGUGCAUACCGAGAUCAGCCUGCACAUCCGUGCAGGCUGAUCAUGGUCUGCACUGUUCGCUAUUCAGUUAGUAAAUUUUCAGUGAACACCCCUUCGAAUAAUAAAUGGUAUUGCCCAAACUGAAUGACGGAACAGUCCAUUUUAGAAAUUUAGCAGGCUAAGGGUUAAACUAGAUCAGAUUCAUUAGCCGUGAUUCAGGUUGUUUCUUCUUCUGGUGUGUAUGAAUAAAAUUUACUGGACUAUGUAAUCACUAUAAACUUUUCUGUAUAAAUUAUGUAUAUUAUUCAAAACCAUGAAGUGUAUGUCAGAAGUUACGUGUAUGCACUACUUUUUGUUUUUGUUGCUUUAUAAAAAGGCCUCUAGACUUAUGGAAAAAUCAGAAUUUAGAAAAUGUUUUUAUUUGUUAGUUGCUGUAAAAAAAAGUUAUACAGUAAAUUCUUAGUAGAAUUUAUUUGCAAAAACAACCCAGAAGUCUUAAAAAGUAUUCAGAAAAUCUCAGAAGUGUUAAUCAUGCUGAAGAUCAUGUGAAGUAAAGUAGAAGGGAUUUUAAUAUGACAUUACCUUACUCGGCAUGCUUAUUUUUGGUUCUGGGGUGAUGAUGUAUACUUUGUAUUAUAUCAUAAAAUGUCAAAACUAAAUAAUAUCUAUUUAUGAUUCUUUAAAUUUCAAUACUCAUUCCUGUUUUGCCCUGCAGUUUUAUUUUGAGGCUUAUUCAUAUGUGGAACAAAGUUAAAUGUGGAACACUUGAAAUCUUUUAAUUUCUUAGGAAUGAAAUUUCGUGGUUGAGGUUAAAAUGGUUAUCUCUUUGGGGGUUUAAAGUCUCAAUUUCAAUUUUUGUGUGUGAAAUAAAUGAAAAUUUGACUUGUUCAUUAUGGGUUUUAUUUCUUUGAUUGACUCAACUAUGAAAUGCACCAAAAAUUAAUCCCCCAUGAAUAUGAAUGAUUUCACAGUAUGUUUUUAUAAAAAUUGAAAUAAGCCCGUCACAAGAAAGCAUUUUGGUUAGACUUAUUUUUUCCAUGUACUGAAAUAUAUUUAAGAAACCAAUGCACUGCAGAUUGAUAGCUUUGAGCACUGCUGUUGUAAACUGCCAAUAUUAAAUGCCUACUUACAGAUUUUGCUAAAACUCGAUAUGUUUGCAGAAUUUGUUACUAUUUUUUUUUUUUUUUUUUUUUUUUUUUGUGAUUUACCAUAUUAGUUCUUUAUUUCCACUUAUGUACACAGUAGCUAAGGUAAAGUUACUGUAUCUAUAUGUAAAAGUCUUAAUACUUAUAUAUACCGACAGCUAAUGGAGUUAACAUAGACCUGUUUAAUAAAAUAAAUCUAUGUCUUGCUCACCACAAUGUUCGUUGAGGAAAUUGCUACACUUCAUCUUCAAGAUCUAAAUCAGAAUUUUCGCUGUCAAACACUUACUGUUGAUCUGUGGUGUUCAGUCGAAGAAGCCAAAAUCAGAAUUGCAGAAAACCAGUUAAAGUUUUUUUUAAUGUUUCUGGAGCCUGUCUGGAGAUUUUAUGUUCAUUUUCAGUUCCGUUUUAGCUCGACUUUUCAAAGAAAAAGUAGAGCUAUUGCACUCGCCCUGGCAUCGUGGUUGGUUAAAGAUUUUGGUAAAGUUAAAUAUCACUGUUACUAUCAAAGCUUAACACAAAAGUCCGCACCAGGAGAAACAAUUGCUAUAACUCUUGAUUUGAAUUUUGACACAGUUAUGCUCCUUCUCAAAUUUUUUGGUUAAAGUUUUUUGAUAAAGUCAUAUAUCUUUGUUGCUAUCAAAGCUUUUGACUUGAAAACUUAAAAUAGUUAUUAACUAUCAAAGUCUACACCAGGAGAAACAAUCCCCAUAACUCUAAUUUGAAUUUUGACAUAGUUAUGCCCCUUUUUAACUUGGAAUGUUUUUGUUAAAGUUUUAUAGUUUUACUGGCAAAGCUCUAAUUCAGAGUCAAACACUGAGAAAAGUCGAGCGUGAUGUCUUACGGACAGCUCUUGUUUAUGCAUAGAUCUGCAUAUCAAUUUUUAUCCAAUCAUAUUUCACCGUGAUGGAUAUUCUGCAAGUUCCCUACAUAAAACCGACUGGUUCACUGAUUUAAUGAAAUAGUUCAUUCUAACCAAUCUUAGACUGUGUUUAUACUUGUGCAACACUAUAAUGGGUUUGUUCCUAAUGUAUGAAUAUUGUGCUCCUAAAAACUUAAUCACACUAGUUUUAUGUAUUGUUACCUCUUAUACUUUGAGUUUUUUAAACCUCCUCUUGCCCAAAUUAGCAGGUAUAAAGAAAAUGUGCUUUCAGAGGAAUAGUAUGCCGACACUCGUGACCAAACUUUGAUGCAGAAAAAAUGACAGUUACAGUUUACAAAAUAGUCAUGUUCUCAUUUAAGUAUGCUUCAGUAAAAGACUGGUUGUCAAUAUUUGUUUUCUUUAGCUGAGAGUAAUAGACUGGUUGUCAGUAUAUGGUAUUUGUUAGCUAAGAGUAAUAGACUGGUUGUCAGUAUGGUAUUUAUGUUAGCUAAGAGUAAUAGACUGGUUAUCAAUAUUUGAAUUUGUUAGCUGAGAUUGUGAUGCUUUAAGAGCUUAGAUUGUUUUUGUUUUCUUAUCUUUGCUUUUUUACUUGAAACCUAAAUACAUUAAUUUUGUAGUUUCA